AUGCAGAACCGCAUCUACAUCUCCAGUGUCUUGCUCGCAGCAGCCUCUCCAGCUUUGUCUCAACACUACUCAGCUCCUACUCCACACCAUUUGCCUUCUUCGGACAUGCCUUCAUUCACCACUCAGGUUGUCACCUCGGCUUUGACCGUCACCAGCUUCCUCACUAUGACUAGCUCUGCACAGCACGCAGGUGGCGACAUCAUUGGCCCCAUCGAGGGACUUGCCCAGUGCUCUCAAACCAUCAUCUUUGACUGCCUCCAAGACAGCAAGUGCAGCCCUACUGAUUUCCCUUGCAUCUGCGACGAGCUCAAGGCCCACGACAUCGAGGCCAAGAUCAAGGCAGCCUGCUCCGCCGAGGACAAUGCAGCAUACCUCGUUUUCGAAGCCGACGUCUGCAACAACGUCAAGCCUACCCCUUACCCUGUCUCCUCUGGAUACCCUGUGACUUCUGGUUACCCCGUGUCUUCCGGUUACCCCAUGUCCUCUCACUACCCUGUCCCGCCGCCCGCGAACAGCACCGUGCCUUCGUACAACACCACCAGCACUCAUGUGCACCCAACUCCUGUGACCAGUGUCAUUGUUGUCACUAGCACGAACGAUGCAGGAAAACCUACCACCAUGCACAAUACAGUUGUUGGACCUCCUGGACCUCCUGCGUCUCCUGCGCCCCCUGCGCCCUCUGCCCCUGUAUCACCCCCCGAAUACACUGGCGCUGCUGCUGUUGUCAACGUGCAGAACGCCAUGCUGGCUGGAGGUGUGGGAUUCAUGGGUCUCAUAUUUGCUGGCUUGUAA